UUGGGGUCACUGAAAGAGGACAGGAGAACGUGAGCGAUUCGGCAAACCACAGCCCAGGGAAAAGAGUAGAGGAGAUGACCAGUCUAACGCAGCAACAGAGACAGGCCGAAUGGAGGAGAAGACAGGCUUUGCUUUUAGGGACGGUCAUACCAGAGGAGGGAGACAGGGAGAGAGGAGAGGAGGAACAAGGGUUUGGAGAGCACCAGGGGAUGGCAGGGUCAUCCCCGAGUUCCAGUGGAGUGACAGGGAGUCUAGGGGACAGUGAUUGCCUCUCACCUGAGUCCAGCCAGAACAGCAACCAAUCGGAUCACCACUCUUCAGGAAUACAGUCUGAUGGUGGUUCUUUAAUGCCAGGCCCAUCUCUUCACUGUCAGAAAAUUGCUCGUGCCAAAUGGGAGUUUCUGUUUGGCACUCCUGUAGAAAACACUGCCAACAAACGAGAGAAAAAUGUUCCAGAAGACUCUACAGCGCCACCUAGUGGCCACUCCAUCCCAAUCCCACCCACUUUUCUUCCACUGGAGGAGCUUGCUCAAAGAGCAAGUCAUGAUGUCCAACACGUGGAGGUGGAGCUAGUGACUCCGCCCCCAGCUGCCCCUGGCACGUCCCCCAAAACUGGAAUAAUUCGGCGGACUUUGAAAUACUCCGAGACCGAUCUGGACGCCGUUCCGUUCCGUUGUUACCGCGAGACGGACAUCGACGAGGUGCUGUUAGCAGAGCAAGAGGACGCUGAUUCAGCGUUUGGGAGUAACCGAAGUGUCAUGGGAACUUCCUGUGCCGGGAGCAGCCCAUUAGGGGAGCCGCCAAAUGGGAGAACAGAUGGACAGGAGGAAGAGGAGGAUGUUGCGAGCUGGGUGAUGGUCAGAAUGCAGGGUGAUGUGAGGAGACUACUGGCCGAUCAGGAGCGACAUGAGGAAGAGGAGUUUUACAGAAUGAUGAAUAAGAGGCCUCGAGAUCAUUUCAGUAACGACCACUCGGCUCUGAAAUCACCCAUUCUGGUCCGUGGUCCUCGCAGAAAGUCUGGAGACAGUCUGGACACCUUCAGUCGGCAUUUUGAGAGCAUCAUGGAGUCCUACCGCGCCAAGGGGACCUCGUACAGCAGCCUGGACAGUCUUGACCCGCUGACCUCGAGCACUCAGACUGUCCUGACAUUUGACCUUCCCACACUGACUCCACAGGUGGUGCAGGGUCAGAUUUACCAGAGCGCACGGCAAAUUGUAGAGCUCAGUUUCGCUCCACUGGCGCACGCAGAGAUGCCCAGCCUCUCGGAGUCAGCGCUGACUAUAACAGGUGACACCGAUGCCACACGGGCGCCGUCCAGUGAGCGACUCAGCAGUGGGUCAGAUGAUCGGAACGGGCAGAGCAACCCGGCUUUGUCACUGCCCAGAGAGAAGUCACCUCGCUUUGCUGCAGACGCAGAUCUGGAUCAGGAACUGUGUGAGCGUUUGGGUUUGGGUAGUAAUGAAACACUCAGUAACGGCAACCGUGCCGACCUGGAAGCUGCCAAACGUUUGGCCAAACGACUCUUCAACCUUGACGGAUUCAGGAAGUGUGAUAUCGCACGUCAUCUGAGUAAAAACAAUGACUUCGGUCGUCUGGUGGCAGAAGAAUAUCUGCACUACUUCAAUUUUACUGGAAUGAGUUUGGACCAAGCACUACGGGUGUUCCUAAUUGAAUUCUCUCUGACGGGUGAGACUCAGGAGAGAGAGCGAAUCUUAGCACACUUCUCCCUUCGAUACCUGCAGUGCAACUCAUCUCUUAAGCUAUCUGAAGGUAAAACACUGUGUUUGUGUGUUGCACACAAUGAAAGCUGUGUGUAUAAAGGUUGUUCAUUUAUUUGUGUAUUACUCUUCACAGACAGUGUCCAUACAUUGACCUGCGCCCUCAUGUUGCUCAACACAGACCUGCACGGCCAUAACGUUGGCAAGCGGAUGUCCUGCACUCAGUUCAUCGGGAAUCUGGAAGGACUAAACAGCGGCCAUGAUUUUCCUAAAGAACUCCUCAAGGCGCUGUACAACUCUAUCAAACAUGAAAAGCUGCAGUGGACAAUUGAUGAAGAGGAGUUGCGUAAGUCAUUUUCAGAGUUGGGUGAGCAGCGCGCAGAGCCGAACUCCAGAGGUAUGAAGCAGAUGGGCAGCGGGUUAGUCUCACCGUCUGGUGCGCUGCUCUACAAAAGUGGCUUCCUUGUGCGGAAGGUUCACGCGGACUGUGAUGGAAAGAGAACGCCUCGUGGGAAAAGAGGGUGGAAAACAUUCUAUGCUGUGCUUAAGGGACUCAUCCUUUACCUGCAGAAGGGGGAGUAUCGGCCGGAUAAACAGUUAUCUGAUGAGGAUCUGAAGAAUGCCGUGUCCAUUCAUCAUUCCCUGGCCAUCCGAGCCACAGACUACAGCAAACGACCAAACGUGUUCUACCUCCGUACAGCAGACUGGAGAGUCUACCUCUUUCAUGCCCCGAAUGCUGAGCAAAUGCAGUCUUGGAUCACGCGCAUCAACACAGUGUCAGCCAUGUUUUCAGCCCCGCCCCUUCCUGCUGCCAUUGGCUCACAGAAGAAAUUCAGUCGACCACUGCUGCCCGGCUCCGCCUCCAAGCUGUCACAGGAGGAACAGGUACAGGCUCAUGAAAGCCGAUUCCGUUCCAUCUCCACUGAACUUGCUCAACUGCACUCUUAUCCGCCUGACCGAAAGUUUAAAGGUCGUGAACUUGAGGAAUACCGACUGAGAGAGGAAUAUCUAGAGUUUGAGAAAACACGCUAUGAGACAUACAGCAUGCUGCUGCGGGCAAAACAGCGAUGUGUCGAAGAUGACCUGUCUGUGUUUGAAGUCAUGCUCCUGGAGGAGGGCACUUUACAGAGAGCUCAGUCCAGUCCCACCUUACAAGACAGCAGUUUGACCUGCAGCACCCGAGACGGGCCAAGCCAAAGCACCGCUGCCGACGCCCAAGACGCUCCCGUCAACGACUGCUCACGUGGUCAGGGCCAGAGACACAGUUACCGUCAGGCUGUCCGGAAAUGAGUCACCACCUCAACGGACAGGAAGUUUGCUGUACUGGAGCGGAUGUGAGGUGUGCAUGCUCCUGCUCUGUGUGCCAUCAGGAAGUGCUCUGUGACUCUGUGAUUGGCUGAUGAGUGGGUGAUGUCACAAUGCAUGGUUCUAAGGAGUCGGUUGAUGGGAGAUCUUGUUUGGGAUUCUGCUAAGGAACGAGGGAUGACUUCAUAUAGAAAUGCAGAACACGUGCCAUCCAUUGUUUGGAAGCCAUUUCAUUGCACACUUCUUAGGCAUUUCAAUUCUGGGCCUAAACAUCUUUGAAUCUCUAAAAUAUAUAAUUGUCAAAUGGUUUUGAGCCUUACAGCCACAGAAACCUUUUUUUUUUUUUUUUUUAAACCAUAGCUUUGGAAAUUUUGCUAAAAAGUAAAAAAAAAAAAAUUCAAAAAAAAAACUUUUAGCAAUGGCUAAAGGAUACUGUGGUAUAAAACAGUGCAAUCGUAUAAGAUCUGUGUAUUUUACACAGUACAACCCAGUGAUUGUAUCUGUCAUUUGGGUGUCUAUUUUCAUAUGGAGUUUUGGACCAGCGGGCAAACAGAUAAAGGUUUCAGAGGUAUCUAGCUUGUACAGAACUAGUAAAAUUCUUCAUGAAUCGUUCUUAUAAAAUAAUGCACAUGGACAUCAUAGUCACUAAAUAACCUUACAAUCGUUCCAUUUGCUACGCAAAAAAUCCAGUUAUGCCCUAAUACGUCUCUUGCACUGAACACUUAAGUAUUAUCACACUACAAAAAUCUAUUUCUUAAUCAGUAUUUUUGUCUUGUUUUCCAGUAAAAAUAUUUAAAUCAAGACACAUUUACUUGAGAAGCAAAAUUGCAUAAGAUAUGCAGUAAAGACAUUUUUUCAGAGAGUAUUUUUUGAAUUAAAUGUGUUCUUACCUCAUUGGCGAAAAUUGUUUUUUCUUGUACUUGUUUUUAACCAUAAACCUAACAACAUAUGUUAGAGUUAUACUUAAAACAUGAAACAAGAAACAAAAAACUACGGGGCUCCUUGGAGCACAGGGAGGGAAUUUAUUUUCUGAAAUAGUUUUGUGUAUUUGCGAAAAUGUUUUGCACUCCCUCGCAAUAGUGCAACCCAUCCCUUACAAAAAUUAAUCAUCAUUUUACUACAAUAACGAUACAGUAGUUUAACUAUUGUAUUCUAAGUAAAACCAAAGUAACCACAAAAUGUAUUAUGGCUUUACUACAGUAACCAUAUUGUAACCAUGAUAUUCAUGGUAAAACCAUAGUAAUAAUACAGAAAAUCAUAAUUAUUCUGAAAAAAAACAACAACAAAAAACAGUUGAUUUUAAUAUAGUAACACCAUGGUAAAUUUUUAUGAGAGCAUGUUUUUGGUGGUAACCAUUGUAUUGUACCACAAGUUUACCAUGGUGUUACUAUAGUAAAACUGUAGUAACUAUGUUUUUUUUUUGGCAGAAUUAUUAUAUUUAUGACUAUAGUUUUGGCUUUCCUGUGUUAUUACUAUGGUUUUAUGAUAAAUGCCAUAGUUAAAAUAAAGUUACUGUAGUGAAACGUAGUACUAUAGUGGUAUCUUUUGUAGUUACUAUGGUUGAGCUACAAAUCCCAUAGUUCAACUAUGGUUAUUGUAGUAAACCAUGGCUAAGGAACACAAAAAUUAUUGCAAAGGAACACAAAACAUUUUGUGAGGAAACAAAGCAAUUUCAGAUUCAAAUUCUCUCGCUGUCCUUAAAGGAGCUCCGUAGUAACAUUUGUUUUGAUACUAUAUUCUCUGACAACAAGUCUUAAUAUUUUACACCAUUUUGUUUCCCAGGAUAAUUUAGAAUGUUUCUAUAUUUUUACUAGAAAACAAGACAAAAGUACUGAUUAAAAACGUGAUUUUUGCAGUGAAAUAAGCGUAAUAUUUGUCUCUAGAGUUCAUUUGCUCUUGUAUAUUCUCUAUUUUAGCUUAUUGUCCUUGUCUCUGCAUUAUUCUCUUGCAUGAAUGUUGUCUGCUGUGUAUGGCAUGGCCGACUUGUGACAAUCUUUCGUGUUUGUUUGGUUAAACUGAAACCGAAGGUGGUUCAGAGUCAGUAUAAGGCACACAAUGUGUACUUAAUGAGUAAAAAUGACCAAGUUACCCACGAAGUUCACUGAAUGUCAUCUUUUUCCAGUUACAGUUAGUCAGUGUUUAAGACACACUUCCCUCUUAUUGCUUUCUUAUGUAAGUGAUGAGCCAGAGUGUGCAUUGUAUGUACGCAAAAAAUAUAUCACCUAUAUAACGAAUGUUUUUAAAAUGUAUGAAUGUGGUGUGUCCAAAUCAAAACUGCCACUUGUGAUAUUCAGCACAGGCCAAUGUUUGUGUAAUCAUAUGUGUAUGUUUAAUGACAUGGCACGUUGCUUUCCGUGGCCCAAUGAAGAAUAUUUUAAAUGGGAGCUUGAAACAGUUGAAUGUACCAUGUUUUUUUCAUUUACCAUGGUGUUGAGAUUCUGGAUUCAGGCAUGGAAGCAUUUUUUCUUUUACAGUUGGUUUCACAAGCACUUGUUUCAGUGAGUAAAUGGUGUGUAAAAGACAUUUACUCAAACUUUCUGCACUGUCUUAGCAGAUUAGGUACAAACUGAAGUAUUUACUAUGUUUAGUAGAAAGGGCAAAAGAAAUACAAGAUGUCAGAAAGUUACAAAAUAAAAGUCUGUUGUUUAUGAUCUUUGUAAAGUUAAUUUGGUGAAUCUUAAUGAAUGUCCAGGUCAUAUUUCACCCUAUAUAAAUAUAUACUGUAUAUGCACCCUAAUUUUUUAGCAUAUUUUUAAGAUUUACACAUUUUGAUUUCAUAACAAAAUUCUAUUAAAUUGAAAUGUGUAAAUCUUAAAAUAAAUUUUUUUUGAUUGUGUGUAAAGACAGCAGAGAUGUAUGAUAUAUAUAUAUAUACACACACCAAUCAGCCACAACAUUAAAACCACCUGCCUAAU